AACUAAACGUGCCCUUACAUACCCAAAUGUGGGGUGCCUGUUCUUGUUAAAUUCGGUUUACUGAUGAUUGCUUAACUUCCAUUUAACAAUUAGGGUUUGCCUGUUAGCUUAGCACUCCAAGACGAAAAUGGCUUUGAAAACAAUGGAGUAUCCGUUAGGGUUCCGUCUCAGUUGCCGAAGUUCAGGAGAAAAAAUGUCUUCGAAAUUCAUGGAAAUUUUAGGGCCUAAUGCUUUAAAUGGUGGUUUGCCUAUAAAGGGAAAUGGUCGAGGAGGCUUGUGUAUCAGAUGCUCUGUUUCUUUAUCUACGGAUGGGAGUGUUACAGGGGUGAGGCCUUGGAAGACAAGCGAUGCGCGGCUUGUGCUCGAGGAUGGAUCUGUAUGGCGGGCAAAGUCAUUUGGUGCUUCAGGAACACAAGUUGGUGAAGUUGUUUUUAACACUUCACUUACUGGAUAUCAGGAAAUUCUCACUGACCCAAGUUAUGCUGGCCAGUUUGUUCUGAUGACCAAUCCUCAUAUAGGCAACACUGGCGUUAAUCCUGUUGAUGAAGAAUCGGCACAGUGCUUCCUGGCAGGUUUAGUGAUCAAAAGCCUGAGUAUCUGUACUUCAAACUGGCAAUUUACGGAGACUCUUGAAAAUUUCUUAGCUAAAAGGAAUAUAAUGGGAAUAUAUGAUGUGGACACACGGGCAAUCACCUGCAGAUUAAGGCAAGACGGAAGCCUUAUAGGGGUGCUUAGUACUGAAGUAUUGAAAACUGAUGAAGAAUUAUUGGAAAUGGCUCGUAACUGGGACAUUGUGGGUGUUGAUUUGAUAUCCAGUGUGAGUUGUGAUGCACCAUAUAAUUGGUUAGACAAAACUGAUGCAGCUUGGGAAUUCAAGGCAACUGGGGGUCAUCCAGAAAGUUUCCAUGUUGUUGCAUAUGAUUUUGGAGUCAAGCACAAUAUUUUAAGGCGGCUGGCAUCAUAUGGAUGUAAGAUUACAGUUGUUCCUUCCAAAUGGCCAGCUUCCGAAACCCUAAAAAUGAAUCCAGAUGGUGUUCUCUUUAGCAAUGGUCCAGGAGACCCAUCUGCUGUUCCAUAUGCUGUGGAGACAGUGAAAGAGAUCCUGGGGAAAGUACCAGUUUUUGGUAUAUGCAUGGGCCACCAACUUCUUGGGCAAGCAUUGGGUGGAAAGACUUUCAAAAUGAAAUUUGGUCAUCAUGGUGGAAAUCACCCAGUCCGUGACCUACGGAAUGGGCGAGUAGAUAUCAGUUCUCAGAAUCACAACUAUGCAGUUGACCCUGCAUCUCUUCCUGAAGGCGUGGAAGUCACACACAUCAACCUGAAUGAUGGAAGCUGUGCUGGCCUUGCCUUCCCUGCUCAAAAAAUGAUGUCUCUCCAGUACCAUCCAGAAGCUUCACCUGGCCCUCAUGAUUCAGACACUGUUUUCAAGGAAUUUGUCGAUAUGAUGAAGCAAAAUAAGCAGGCAUCUUGAGCAGGCAAAAUAAUAAUAAAUCUGUCGCUCAGAGCUGAACAAGCCUGCCUUGAGAGUUGAGUUCUUAUUUUUGUAGUGGUUAAUGUGGGGUGUUAUAAAUUGUAAGUUUUUGUCUCAUCUUCCUCUUUAAGAAAUGUUAGUCAUGGAGAAAUUGCCUUCUUGUUUCUAUGUAGGAAAAGCUUCACAACCAUAGGAUCUGUGUCUAACUUGGAGAUGUAGAUGUCAGCUAAAUCACCUUGCAUCUCAAACUUGGAUAAAACCAACAGUUUAUGGUGCUUUCCAGGGUCUCCUAUUUUUAAAUCUUUUUCAUGGAGACUGAAUAGGUGUAUCAUACAGCAAACCAAAAACUAUCUUUAAAAUAACCAAAAUCACUCUUGUUA